CGCACAGGCAAUGCUCAACAUGCCUUCUCAUUCGCCAUCAGGAGGGAGAGCGGCGCGCGGGAGAUCGUGUCUGGAAUGUAGGCGACGCAAAAUUGGAUGCGAUCGGUCGCAUCCUUGCUCGUACUGUGUGAAGAAUAAAAUCCAAUGUACCUAUCCUGAGCUUUCGGGGGGACCUUCGUGCACGGACGCAACAUAUAAGACCGAGAUUCUACGACGGCGAGUUGAUGGCAUUGAUGAGCGAUUGGGUCUCCUCGAACAAUCCAUGAACGAGAUCAAAAUACUUUUAAUGGAGAGAAAUACUCCUGUGCUGGGUGGCUCGACAGAUUCACGGCGGACAGUAUCUAGAGCAGUUGCCAAUCAUGAGAAUGAUAUGGCAAGCCAGCCGAUACAUUCAUCAAUGACCAUCGACUCCGCCCUAGAAGAGGCAGAUAUAUUCUCUCCCACCACUCUAGUUUCCAUGUGGCAGACAUAUUUGGAAAGAGUAGACCCGUUGAUCAAGUUAUUCCACGCGCCGUCUAUGCAAAAGAUCGUCAUGCAAACAUUCAAAGACUUGGAGGCCUCGAGCCCCACCACAGUGUGUUUGACCUAUGCAAUUGUCUAUGCCGCAGUCAUGAGUAUGUCACCAACAGAGUGCACUUCGGAGCUUCACAAUAGCAAGGGAGUAUUACUGGAAGGUUGUCGAACCAAAGUAGACCAGUCUCUAUCUAGGGUUGAUGUUUUGAAUACAAGGAACAUGCAUGUCCUACAAGCACUUGUGUUGUACUUGAUUUGUGGCCGCCUAGAUCCAAAAGGGCCUAAUGUUCACGGUCUCAUUGGAAUGGCGAUUGGAAUAAGUAUUAAAUUGCAUCUCAAUCGCGACGGCGAUGCGGGAAGUAUCCCGCCAUUCGAAAUCGAAAUGCGUCGACGGCUUUGGUGGCAUGUUCUCACUCUCGAUGUUCUAACUGCUCAAGAUAAGACCACAGAUCCGUGUAUUCUGGGAAGCUCGUUUAACACAAGAAUCCCGUCCAAUGUUUCCGACAAUCGACUGGACCCAGAUAUGAGUAAGGAACCGAUAGACAGGCCGGACGACACAGAAAUGAUAUUCACUCUAGCGAGAUUUGCCAUUACCUUUUACUCUCGGCAGUUUAUGUUCUCGAGUCAAUUCUGUCGCGAGAACUCCUAUGCGAUAUUGUCCUUGGCAGAGAAACGUGAUGCAAUUCGCAUGCUGGAAAAACAAAUCGAAGAUGAAUAUUUACAGUAUCUCGAUGAGUCAAUACCAUUGCAAAAAGUCGCAUUGUUAGGCACAAGGCUCAAUUUGUUGAGGCUCAAGCUUUCUACAAAUGAUCAACCGCCGAAUAAAGCUGGACCUAGAUAUGACGACAGUUCCAUCCAGGAUUACACAAGAUACAUAAAAGAUAUCACUGCUAUGAAUAAUUAUGAAAGGGGUAUUGGUUUUAUGUGGAUUUUCGAAGAUUUACUGAACUAUCCUCUGUAACUCGAGCGAUAUUAGGAUAGUAUGGCAUGAAUGCAUGAAUCUUAGCUCAUUGUGGCAAGGGCGGCAAUCAUGCCUCUACAAGCGCAUGUUAAGAUAGCAUGCCAAAUUGCAUCCUUUCAUGCCGAUUUAUUUUUGUUCAACAUCGCAGGCUUAUGAUAGGAAAGCCGUGCGCCUUGACUAAGUAAAUUCCGG